AUGAGGAACCUUGAGAGACAAUUGGGACAACUAGCCAAACAAGCUGAACGGCCAACCAAUACUCUACCAAGUGAUACAAUCCCCAACCCAAGGGAAGAGUGUAAAGCUAUGAAGCUGAGGAGUGGCAAGAUAGUGGAAAAAGACACAAGGAGCAUCAAUGAGGAAGAAGCAAAGUCUGAAGAGGAGAGCACAAUAGACAACAAAAAAGAUGAAAAGGCAUCAACCUCUAAAAAGGACAAGGAAAUUUUGAAUCCACAACUAGAGGACAAGAAAGAAGGAGUAAAGCCUUAUAUACCCAAACUGCCUUACCCACAGAGGCUACACAAAGAAGCAAGGGACCAACAAUUCCCAAAAUUUUUGGAAAUCUUUAGGAAACUUAAAAUUAACAUUCCAUUAGUCGAAGCUUUGGAGCAGAUGCCAUUAUAUGUAAAGUUUCUUAAAGAACUAAUCACUAAGAAGAGAAGCUGGCAAGAGAAGAAAAUAGUGCUUCUUACUCAAGAGUGUAGUGAUAUCAUUCAAAAAGGGCUCCCACCAAAACUCAAAGAUCCAGGAAGCUUCCUUAUCCCAUGCACAAUUGGAAACAUGGCUAUUGACAAAUCACUUUGUGACCUAGGAGCAAACAUUAACCUAAUGCCUCUAGCCAUGAUGAAGAAAUUGAUGAUAGAAGAGGUUAAACCUACAAGGAUGUUACUACAACUUGCUGACAGAUCUCUCAAAAUACCAAAUGGGGUAGUGGAGAAUCUCUUAGUGAAGGUUGGAAACUUCAUAUUCCUAGCCGAUUUUGUGGUUUUGGACAUGGAUGAGGAAGGAAAUAACUCAGUCAUUCUUAGUAGACCCUUUCUAGCCACUGCUAGGGUGAUUAUUGAUGUUGAGAAAGGGGAGAUGGUUCUCAGGGUACAUGAGGAACAAAUAGUUAUCAAUGUUUUCAAGGCCAUGCAAUACCCUAUAGAGAAAGAGAAUUGCAUGAGAAUUGAUGUGGUGGACACCUUGGUUGAAGAAGUUCUUGUGGUAAACCAACCAGAGGAGAUCAAAGACAUGUAA